UACACAUUCAAGCCUCAUUGGUGACCCGUGCGGUAACCUCACCACUCGGUGAUCAUAUUCGUUCAAAUCGCUAUAAAUACGGUCUCUUGGGUUGCAGGCCAAACCGUGUAUUUGAUCAUCUCAACAAAUCAACAGGCUCUCCUCUCUUCUUUCAAGAUGCAGAUCUUCGUCAAAACCCUAACUGGCAAGACCAUCACCCUUGAGGUGGAGUCUUCUGACACCAUCGAUAAUGUAAAGGCGAAGAUCCAGGACAAGGAAGGGAUCCCUCCGGACCAGCAAAGGCUGAUCUUUGCCGGAAAGCAGCUCGAGGACGGCCGCACCCUCGCUGACUACAACAUUCAGAAAGAAUCCACUCUGCACCUGGUGCUCCGUCUCCGCGGUGGCAUGCAGAUCUUCGUUAAAACCCUAACCGGCAAGACUAUUACUCUUGAGGUCGAAUCCUCCGAUACCAUUGAUAACGUCAAAGCCAAGAUCCAGGACAAGGAGGGCAUCCCCCCAGACCAGCAAAGGCUGAUCUUCGCCGGAAAGCAACUCGAGGACGGCCGCACCCUUGCCGACUAUAACAUUCAGAAAGAAUCCACCCUCCACCUUGUGCUCCGUCUCCGUGGUGGCAUGCAGAUCUUCGUUAAAACCCUAACCGGCAAGACUAUUACUCUUGAGGUUGAAUCCUCUGAUACCAUAGAUAACGUCAAAGCCAAGAUCCAGGACAAGGAGGGCAUUCCCCCGGACCAGCAAAGGUUGAUUUUCGCCGGCAAGCAGCUCGAGGAUGGCCGCACUCUGGCCGACUACAAUAUCCAGAAGGAGUCUACUCUCCACCUUGUGCUCCGACUUCGUGGUGGUAUGCAGAUCUUUGUCAAAACCUUGACGGGAAAAACCAUCACCCUUGAGGUCGAGAGCUCCGACACAAUCGACAAUGUGAAGGCCAAGAUCCAGGAUAAGGAGGGCAUCCCCCCUGACCAGCAAAGGUUGAUUUUUGCCGGAAAGCAGCUUGAGGAUGGUCGCACUCUGGCCGACUACAAUAUUCAAAAGGAGUCCACCCUCCACCUAGUGCUCCGCCUCCGUGGUGGCAUGCAGAUCUUCGUCAAGACCUUAACGGGCAAGACCAUUACCCUCGAGGUGGAGAGCUCAGACACCAUCGACAACGUGAAGGCUAAGAUCCAGGACAAGGAGGGCAUUCCCCCGGAUCAGCAAAGGCUCAUCUUUGCAGGUAAGCAGCUCGAAGAUGGCCGCACCUUGGCCGAUUACAACAUUCAGAAGGAGUCUACCCUUCACUUGGUGCUGAGGCUGAGGGGAGGGAUGCAGAUAUUCGUCAAGACCCUCACUGGUAAAACCAUCACCCUGGAGGUAGAGAGCUCGGACACGAUUGACAACGUUAAGGCGAAAAUCCAGGACAAGGAGGGGAUCCCACCGGAUCAGCAGAGGCUCAUCUUUGCAGGGAAGCAGCUGGAGGACGGCCGCACCCUGGCGGACUACAACAUUCAAAAGGAGUCGACGCUUCACCUGGUGCUCCGUCUCCGCGGAGGCCAGUGAACCUCUGUCCUGCUUAACGCUACAUAUGGGUCUUUUGUUCAGCUCCAGAUGAUCAGUGCCCGUAUAAUAUUUAGUAUGUUUGCCUUGGUCUGUGUUUGUGCCCCGAUUCUACAACUAGUUAUGGUUGGUUCCGAACUAUGCUAUAUUUCUCGUUUCAGAAAGUAGUGUGCGAUGCAGCUAUGCAUCGAGAAUAAUUCAUGCAGUGCUUUAUAUACAUAUUGUUUCUGGUGUUCUUGUUCUGUGUCUGGAUUAACAUAAAUAAUUUUUAUUUC